AUGCCAAAUGCUCCACCUAAGUCCUUCUACUGUAGUGAUAGUAGCAAUAGUAGUAGACAUAGCACUAGUGAUAAUAGUAAAGGUAGCACGAUCAAUAGCAAUAGUGGUAGCACGAGCAAUAGCAGUUGUGGUAGCGUGAACAAUAGCAGUUGUAAUAUCGUGAACAAUAGUAGUAGUGGUUGCACGAGCGUCAGCAGUAGUAGUGGUAGCACAAGCGGCAGGCACAGAAGCGUAGGCCAGGGUCAAGGCUGCCCCCCCGCCCAGGGCAAAGGGCGACUCAACCCGGACAACCCCAGCAGCCCUAUCAGAAAUUUCAACGAAACCAGCAAUUCCAGUGAUAUCAAAACAGAUGAAGACGACAUUGAAGACUUCCUCGAAAAUAAUUUCAACCAAAUUUCAAAUGUCAAAGCUUUCAAAACAAAAAUGUCGCAUAAUUAUUACUCAAGUUUCACAGUCACUAUUAGGGGCAAAGACAUAAACCCAGAUCUGUUCUUAGAGUCAGACGUCUUUCCCAACAAUGUAAAG